AUGGCGAUACCUAGACCCAUACGAGCCCUAGUGGACCUCGUGACCAUAGCAGCGAUCCUGCUCAACUUUUUUAUCUACUUCUACCCCGAUAUCCUCAAUGCCCCAGACCAAUGCAACUGGGCCCAUGCUGCACCGCACUUUGCAAAGUACCCCAUCCUCAACAAGAUCCCCCAGCAAUACCUCCAGCCGCUCUUGCUCAACAUCCCCGAGUUGCGACAGGAACCCGAGCCGAGUCCCCAUGAAAUCCACAUGCUCUUAUUUGGCGAUCCUCAAAUCAACGGCAACUGGCCGCUGACACCCUACAUCAAGAGACUCGAUAACUAUGGCAAUGAUCAUUAUUUGGGCCACAUAUACCUGGUGAUGCUGCGCCGGUUGCGGCCUUCGCAUGUUGCUGUGAUGGGCGACUUGUUCUCAAGUCAGUGGAUCUUGGAUCUGGAGUUUUAUAAUCGUACAUUGAGGUACGUGGAGCGAUUGUUCCCGAGACUGGCUGAACAAAAGGCCAAUGUGGUUGAGACUCACGCGAGACAUGAGAGCUAUGAUUGGCAUCGAUGGUUGGAGCAAGAGAUGCAGUUGGACCCUAUGGAGCGGUUCACGUCGAGAGUCUACGAAGAUGUCUAUGAUUGGGUCGACCGCGAUCGCAAAACGGCCAACUUGGACAACCCCGUAUUUAUAAACUUGACUGGUAAUCACGAUAUUGGAUACUCGGGGGAUGCUACGUGGCAACACAUGGCGCGAUUCCACCAUUUGUUUGGCCAGAAUAACUACGUGGUGAAUUAUGCGCGGGGCACUGCGCAUGAAUGGAGAUUGGUGGUGUUGGACUCACUAACGUUGGAAGGUCCCGCUUUACAGUCGGAGUUUCUCAACUUCACUUGGUCGUUCUUGGACCAUUUGGAGAAAUUCGAGAAUCCCAAGUUUCAGGGAGCUACUGUGCUCUUGACGCACAUCCCCAUGUAUAAACGUGCCGGGUUAUGUCGCGAUGGACCUGAGCAUUUAUACUAUGUCGAUAACCAGCGAGAACCGUAUAAAAACGGACUCCUACGCUCGCACAACCAUUUGAGCGACAACACGACUCAAAGAGUGAUGAAUGCCGUGUUUCCCAACCUGGACCAGCCGGGGGUGAUUCUAACGGGUCACGACCAUGAAGGUUGUGACGAUUGGUAUAAUUUCGAGCAAGGACGUUGGGUUGCGUCGAAAAAUCGCAAAGAGGAGAAGGAUGAUGAUGAUGAUGGUUCAAGUAGGCAGUCUGUGAGGGAAGUUGUUGUUAGGUCCAUGAUGGGCGAUUUCGAUGGACAAACUGGGAUACUAACGGGGUUGUUUGAACAUGGCCGGUGGCAAUUCGAUUUCACGUAUUGUUCAUUCACGGUGCAACAUUGGUGGUGGGCUAGUAAAGUUGUCUUGGCAAUUGCAAUUUUCCUCCAAUCUGUCGUUAGAUUGAGUUCAAUUUGGGCAUAA